UCCCAGGCCAGGGCGCGCGCCGCGGGCCGCAGUUGUCGCCGCCGUCCGAGAGCCAGCUCCGAGCACCGAGCGCCCCCGCCAUGAGGGAGAUCGUGCACAUCCAGGCGGGCCAGUGCGGGAACCAGAUCGGCACCAAGUUUUGGGAAGUGAUCAGCGACGAGCAUGGCAUCGACCCGGCCGGAGGCUACGUGGGUGACUCGGCGCUGCAGCUGGAGAGGAUCAACGUCUACUACAAUGAGUCAUCGUCUCAGAAAUACGUGCCCAGGGCCGCCCUGGUGGACUUGGAGCCUGGCACCAUGGACAGUGUGAGGUCCGGGCCUUUUGGGCAGCUCUUCCGACCUGAUAACUUCAUCUUUGGACAGACGGGCGCCGGCAACAACUGGGCCAAGGGCCACUACACCGAGGGCGCAGAGCUGGUGGACUCGGUCCUGGAUGUGGUGCGCAAGGAGUGUGAGCACUGCGACUGUCUGCAGGGCUUCCAGCUGACCCACUCGCUGGGCGGCGGCACGGGCUCGGGCAUGGGCACGCUGCUCAUCAGCAAGAUCCGCGAGGAGUACCCCGACCGCAUCAUGAACACCUUCAGCGUCAUGCCCUCGCCCAAGGUAUCUGACACGGUGGUGGAGCCCUACAACGCCACGCUGUCGGUGCACCAGCUGGUGGAGAACACGGACGAGACCUACUGCAUCGACAACGAGGCGCUCUACGACAUCUGCUUCCGCACCCUCAAGCUGACCACUCCCACCUACGGGGACCUUAACCACCUGGUGUCAGCCACCAUGAGCGGGGUCACCACCUCGCUGCGCUUCCCCGGUCAGCUCAACGCCGACCUGCGGAAGCUGGCCGUGAACAUGGUGCCCUUCCCGCGCCUGCACUUCUUCAUGCCGGGCUUCGCGCCACUGACCGCCCGGGGCAGCCAGCAGUACCGCGCGCUGACAGUGCCCGAGCUCACUCAGCAGAUGUUCGACGCCAAGAACAUGAUGGCUGCCUGUGACCCACGCCAUGGCCGCUAUUUGACCGUGGCCACCGUCUUCCGUGGCCCCAUGUCCAUGAAGGAGGUGGAUGAGCAGAUGCUGGCCAUCCAGAACAAGAACAGCAGCUACUUUGUGGAGUGGAUCCCCAACAACGUCAAGGUGGCCGUGUGCGACAUUCCGCCGCGUGGCCUGAAGAUGGCCUCAACCUUUAUUGGCAACAGCACAGCCAUCCAGGAGCUGUUCAAGCGCAUCUCGGAGCAGUUCUCAGCCAUGUUCCGCCGCAAGGCCUUCCUGCAUUGGUUCACCGGUGAGGGCAUGGACGAGAUGGAGUUCACCGAGGCCGAGAGCAACAUGAACGACUUGGUGUCCGAAUACCAGCAGUACCAGGAUGCCACUGUAAACGAUGGAGAGGAAGCUUUUGAAGAUGAGGAAGAGGAGAUCAAUGAAUAAAGGCGCUGCCCUGUCCCCAACCAAUGUGAAA